UAAGCGUGUUUUGUGGAAAUGUUAUGUUAGCUAGCUUACAGCUAACUUGGCUAGCGUUGUUCAGUAAAGUUAGCUGUGGUUGUUAAAGUGAUGCUCCCACUGUGGGAAGCUAGAGGACGAACUCUCGGGUUUAACCUUCGUGUGAUGAUAAAAGGUGGUUUUACAACAUGAUCUGUGAUUGGAGGGAUUCAGCUGAUUUAAAUCACUUACGAGGCUCUCCUCGUAUGGCACUUGCUUGCUCAUUGUGCGAGUUAUGCUUGGAGUCUCCCGUAAAUCAGGUCAGAGGCUUAAAGCCGCUGGAUUUAAGUGGCAAAAGGCUUUAUUUCUUUGACCUCCAUCAUCAUUAACUCAGGGACGACAGCCACUGUGAAGAGGUUAUUAGCUUCACUCGUUUGCUGAUUAACCUCUGUGUCAUCUUGGGGUUAAGUAGGUGUCAGGAAACAUCAUAUCAAUAAGUCACUGGAGAAGAUGGAGACAACAGGGAAUGUGUCCAAUGGUGCAGGGCCUGUGUAUGAGCAGAAAGAAAAGACCCUCAGGCCAGAGGAUCUGUCUGAGAUGCUGGCAGCAGGGACCAAGCAGAUUCACGAAAAGGCUGAGAACACUCAGUUUGUGAAAGAUUUCCUCAGGGGUCGCAUCCGCAAAGAGCUCUUCAAGCUUGGUGCGGUGGCGCUUUACUACACAUACACGGCCCUGGAGGAGGAGAUUGAAAGAAACAAGGAUCACCCCCAUUUUGCUCCUCUUUAUUUUCCCGCUGAGCUGCAUCGCCACGAAGCUCUGGCCCGUGACCUCGAAUACUUUUACGGUCCAGAAUGGAAGAGCCACGCAAGCUGCUCAAAGGCCACCCAACAAUAUGUGGACCGCAUCCAUCAAGUAGGGCAGGAGGACCCAGUUUUGCUGGUUGCACAUGCCUACACUCGCUACAUGGGGGACCUAUCUGGUGGGCAGGUGCUGAAGAAGGUGGCACAGAGAGCCUUGAAGCUGCCGCCCACAGGAGAGGGCUUAGAGUUUUACCAGUUCGAUGCCAUCCAUAGCGCCAAAGCAUUCAAGCAGCUGUAUCGAAGUCGGAUGAAUGAGCUGGAACUGGACAUGGAAACAAAGAAGAGACUGGUGGAUGAGGCUGUGAAGGCUUUUCUGUUCAACAUUGAGGUGUUUGAGGAGUUAGAAGAGAUCGGCAAAACCAUCCAGGAGGAUGUUUUAGAUGCUGGCAUGCCCGUUCAUGGAGCAAUGGGUGGAGACAUCAGCAAAUGUCCCUACUACAAUGCCAAAAUGGCGGCAUCAGGUGGAACAGCAUACGUCCGUCAGCUGGCCAUGGCUGCUCUCAGACACCCGACAGGACAGGUCCUGUUUGCUACUUGGUUUGCUGCCUUGGCUGGACUGGUUGCGUGGUAUCUGAUGUGAUCUGUCGCUCCGUCUGCCACUCUGCUGCUGUGUGAAAAGAGGACUGUAACAGGAAGGACAGUAAAGGACACUGAGAUCUUUCCACGAGAUGUGGACCGUGUCAUAGCUUGUGGUCCAAGUUUAUUUAUUGUUACAUAUUGCAUAAUAAUGUAAGCUUACAAAAAUAUGGAACAGUUAAAUUCAAGCAAAAUGAUCUAUAGGACCAAUAUAAUUCCAUCCAUCACGCUAGAUUUAUUCAUCUUUUAAAUUCUCUACCUCCUCCUGCAUUAUCCCUCCAAUCUGUGUCCUUCCAGUUGCAUUUGGUCGUAUCUCGAGACCUCAUGUAGAUCUCCUAUUUUCUUACUGAAGUGACAUUUCUGUCAUGGCUACUGAACGGACCCACGCGCAGACAGUUCUUUCAAGGAAACAAAAAGGGGAUUUAUUUACAAUAGGGAUCACCUUAGUGCAAAAUAUAUGUACAGUGAGUUGGGAGGGGGUCCAGGGCUCCAGGGAGAGAAGGGGGGGGGGGAUCCACACACACGCUUCCUCUUCCACUCAGUCACCGCCACCGCUCCUCCGCACACACGCACUCCUCUUCAGCCGCACUCGCUCCAACACUCCACACACUGCCCCACUUGGACAGGUCCGGUGAUUCGGUCCAGAAUCUACAGACAGAAGGUCAAGGUUAGUUCCACAACAUAAAACACGUGUAAGCGAUUCUUCUUUGAAUAUGCCGCGAGCACGAACUCAGGUGGUUCGACGUUCCAGCGGUGAGCUGCUCUGUGCCACUGCCUUAAAUAGCAGCUGAGGAAAUCAGCCAGAUCAGCCGCAGGUGGACACCAUCCACAGGGGUGCGUGGGCCAAGAGUGAGAGCCCGUAAUGAGCUCCACCCAGGCAGAGAGGAGGAGGAGAGACAAAAAACUAAAACUAACAACAACAAAACCUGUAGCCAGCGUGGGCCAACCAGAGAGACACGGGGACCGUGACAAUUUCGUUCCACAACUGUAUCUGGCUGUUUAGUAUUUAUUCCUUAAUAAUAAAUUGAACAUAGAGUGAGUUAAUUGUGUGAUUAGUAAAGUUCGCUGUGCACUUUAGAUUUCUACUGAAGCCUUUAGUAAGAAGAUUAUUUGGAAAUGUAAACUUUGACUCCUCGUAUAUAAUUAUCUUUAUUUCUGCACAGUAAUUCAGUUGCAAAGUUAAUGGGAAAACCCAAAUUUCAUUAAUCCAUUAAGCUUCAGCUUCAAAUAUUUCCAAACGGUUUGUUUUUUGAGACGGGCGAUAGCAGUUAAAAGCUUGAUUAAUAAUCAGUCUUCACAUACUAAUAACAUAUACAGGAUAUUUUAAUCUCUCCUGGUGCAUGUUCAAUUGUAUAAUUUCUCUGUUUUCAGAAUUAUGUGACAGUGCACCUUGUAUUUGUUCAACAAAACCAAACAAACCUGCCUGUUGGUUUGAUUGCAGAGCUUAACUAUCCAAUAUGAAUAAUUCACUGUAAUAAUUCAGCUUUACUGGCAAACGGGAGCCUAUAUUAGGACAGAGGUGCGUGCGGCUGUUUUAAGAGGAAGAUUGUAUUUUUGUACUAAUGACGCUUCAUCCACAUUCUUUCAUGAGAUGAAUUUGUGUGAGAAUACCUUCAGCAGCUCAGCACUUAUUUAUGUGUCCAUUCGUUCUGGAUGCAUCAGUAUGCAUUGUGAAUGUACGAAGUGGGAUGAUCACCUAUAUUGAGUUUUAUUUUGUUUUUUUAAGCACAGAGAAGUGUGUACUGUAUGUAUUUUGUGGUUGAAGUAUAAUCUUUAUCCUAACACAGUAACGGUAUUUUUUAACUUAAAGCACUUGAGGCACAGAGAACCAAAAAAAACAAAAAAUACUGCACAUAAGUGGAUGUGCAGUAUUUUUUGAUGACAGAUGGCUUUAUGCAUCAUAUAUGGAGGACAAAUACAGGGAUAGGCUGAUACGCUCCUGUAGUUUCCACGUAAUACCAUUUUAUAAUGCUAGUGUCAAAAUGAUUCAGUAGUUUUGGACCUAUUAUCAUAGAUUAAACGUGGAGUGAUUGCCUGAGUCAUAUGUAUUUCUGAUUUUCUUGCAUUUUCAUUGACUCUGCUCUUAAUCCUUAUCUGUAUCUAACUGGAGCUUUACUAGUAACUGGCUAGAGUAAUCUCUUUGUAUGAGAGUGGGGAAAAACUGUAUGUUAUGCUUUCAGUAAUGAAAAAAGACAUGUUUUGUUUUCAUGAAGAAAUAAAACAUUCUUUUUGACUUGUA